AGACAAUAUCCUCGCCGUCAAAGCGUAGUACCGACUGCUGGAAGAAUGGCUACUGUCAUCCCUAUCUCCCCAUCCUCCGUAGCGUAUAGAUGUCGCCCCUCCUCUCCGGCCGCUCCUUUGCUUCUCUCUCCCCGCUUCGCCAACACGUCCUUCACCGUACCCCUCUCCUUGUUCCCUUCUCUCUCCACCCGAAACCGCAGGGCGUGCCCUGUAUUUGCCGCUGCUAAGAAGAAGUACAUCGAAGACGACUAUCUCGUGAAAAAGGUUUCGGCUAAGGAACUAGAAGAGUUAGUGAAAGGCGAGAGGAGCGUUCCAAUUGUUCUUGAUUUCUAUGCGACAUGGUGUGGACCUUGUAUUUUGAUGGCACAGGACCUUGAAAUGCUAGUGGACAUCGGUGCCGAAUCGCUCUACUAUAGCUCUUUGGAAAGAGAAUAUCAAUACGGGAAGUGGAAGCAAGCAUUUGAGACAAUCUGUCAAUGCGUUACCCUGGCGCGUAUAUGACCAAUUUCCACAUGCUCUCUUAUUUUUUUCUGAAGUAAUUUUCAGUCGGCUUGAAACCAUCCAAAUGCUAGAGAGUGGCAGGGUUGCAAUUCUGAGUAAUUGAGUGCGCUACUCCAAUUUCAAACACAAAGUUUCAAACUGUUUAGCAUCAGCCUUUUAUUCACGAGAAAAGUGCCAAUGUGAUCCCUUGACUCUUUGUAGGGAGUCAUUUUAGUCCUAGAGCCUAUAAGAGUGUCAAUUUAGUCCCCAUACUCUUUUAAUGAGGGCUAAAAUAAUCAUCUUUAGGGUUUAUUUUAGCUUAUAUUAAAAGAAUUUUUAGACUAAUUUAAUACUUUUAUCGACCCGAGUACUAAAAUGACCUCAUAUAAAUAGUCUGGGGACUAUUUUGACACUUCACCUUUUUUUUUUUUUUCACAUAAUGGUUCCUCGUAUGAACACCGGCCUUUAUCAAAUAAUUGAAACAUUAUUGCAAGUGAAAGUUUCUUGAGCAUUAAACUGUAUUAUUUACAAAAAAUAUGU